UCAAGGUUGGAGGAGCAGCGAGGAUUAACGUCUGUUAAAGCACAAAGCUUCACAUCCACCCCGGCCUGCUGUCACUGCCCCUCUCUCUCUCUCUAUCUCUCUCUCUCUUUCUCUCUCUCUCAGCUGAUCCUCUCAUUUCAUCUCUCUGUUGUCGCCCUCCGCCGCCUUUUGCUCUUUCUCUCUCUCCAGCCAGCUGUCCAUCCCUCGUCCAUCAGCACAGUCUUUUUUGCUGCCUCUGCCUCUUCUCCCAGAUCUCUCUCUCUUCCUCACAUUUCCUGUCUUUCUCUGCUGAUUUUCCCAUCAUCCCUUUCCUCUGUGCAUCAGGGCGAGAUAUGAAGCGGCACCAUGGGUUUCAUGGAAUUCUACCUGGAGAUUGACCCCGUCACCCUGAACCUCAUUAUCCUGGUCGCCAGCUAUGUCAUCCUGCUCCUGGUCUUCCUCAUCUCCUGCAUCCUGUACGACUGCCGGGGCAAAGACCCCACCAAGGAGUAUGCGCCUGACAACACGCCGGCGCCGCCCAGCCAGUCGCCCAUACGCCUGGUGGUCAUGCAGAACUCGCCCACCUCGUCCCGCUAUGAGCCCAACAACACGGCGGGCCACGGCGAGCCGCCAACGCCGGACCUGAGCCGGGACAGAGGAGAGAGGGAGCGGGAAAGAGAGAGGGAGAGGGAGAGGGAGAAGAGGAGUACUUUGGUCUGAGGAAGAGGAGGAGGAAGAGGAAGGCUCUGACUGACAACCAUGAAGUGCUGCUGUAUCACUGUACAGUUUUUUCAGUUCUGGACUGUUAUUUUUGAUUUUUAACUUCCCUUGACGGCGUUGACGAGCUGCUGAGGUCAGCAGGAGGGUGUUGACCACACCUAGUGGAAAGAAAAAUCCUAAAAAAUCCCCCUUGAAUUACCACUACCAGCCUCCAUCCACCUGCAGCACGAAGCCUGUCUUCGUGACCACAUCCCGCCACAGGAUGCCGAAGACUCAGCAAUGUCCAACAGGCCGGAUUCACGAAGAGACAGUUCUCCUCUAGGACACUGGAGAUGCUGGACUUUGACUUUGGUCUCCUGCAGAAACAGCAGAGUUACAGUGAAGGAUUUUUACGAUCGAAGCUGAGAGAUAACUGGGACUGAGGUGGUGACAGGUCCAGUCCCACCACUGUGAAUAAACUACACAAUGAAGGACGAUGUUCCACAGUUAAAAAUCACUUUGCAGAAACUGCCUGCAAUUAAGAAACAUUUGUUUAGGACAAAUCCAACAUUUAAAAGCAAUAUUUACAUGAGCUGUCACUCUGCUCUUCUUCUGCUCUCAGCCUGUGUUCAUUCUUGCUGCAUGAGCUGCUGCAGUGACAGGAAAUACUGGAUUAAAAAGCUAAAAGUGAAGUUGUCAAGUUAAAACUCUGAAUAAAGCUGAACAGGUCGUUGGUUUUGCCACAGGAAGCUCAACAGGUAGAUGAUGUGGCUCAUAAACAGACUGUGUUUUAAAAUGCUGCAAAACAACUGAAGACCUCCAGUUUGUCACCUGUUCUCAGUCCAUAUCUGUUCCUCUCAGCAGAAAAAAAUCAAAUACGUUUUUCAUUGUCACUUUCAGCAGCUUAUAGUUAGAUCCACUUGAGCUUUUCCUGCUGUGUUAAAUCACGUAUCUGACAUUUUUAAAUAUCUGUCUGAUGAUCCCUGCUCCUCUGUGGAUGUUUGUUCCCUGUUUAAACCAUGAAGCUGCUGCUCAAUAACAGUCACUGUCGUCAUGUGAAAACCCCUUUUCAUCCAGUUUAUUGCCAUUUUCAUAUGAACAUCAGUUUAUUUCUUCUCUUUAGGGAGAGAAAAGUGUUUUUACCAUAUCUGUUCACUCAAAAUCUCCAAAUCAGCUGAUCCAAUGUUAUUGUUACGUGGAUGAUAAUAAAUCCUCAAUAAGAGGAGCUUUUAAUUUCUGUAUGAAGUCAUUUAACUUCAUGCCAGUGACAGUCUGAGGGAGAGGGGAUUUGUAAGGCUGAUUAGGACCCCUCAACCCUCAGUGGGGCCCCUGAACAAGAUGAAAAUAUGACCUCCUCCUUUUAGAUUCUUCUGCUGUUUUUCCUGUCAUGA